AUGAAAUUUCCAAUUGAAUGCCCAAGGAAACAAGUUAACUGGGACCUCGAACAAGUGGCGGUCCAGACCAACUUGGUCCCUCCGAAAAAGGUCCAGUCCGGCAUGGCAAAGUCGAGUCUAGUCCAGGCCAGCGUGGCCACCAUGCAGAACCCCAUGGGCUGCGACCCCAAGGCCAAUGGUCAUUGCCCACUGCCACGCCUGUCCAUCUCCUCCCGAUCGGCCAGCGUGGUGGCCAGCAUGGAUGCCAGCUGUGACGGCAUGGCCGCAGCGCUCCACUCAGUGAUGAAGUGGAAGACAGUGCUGGCGGUGUUCAUUGUGGUCGUUCUCUACCUGGUUUGUGGCGGUCUGGCAUUCAGGGCACUGGAGCAGCCGUUUGAGAGCAACCAGAAGAACAGUAUCACUCUGGAGAAGGCGUUGUUCUUGAAGAAACACCUCUGUGUUUCUCCUAAAGAGCUGGAGGCACUCAUCAAGCAUGCAAUAGAUGCUGUGAGUGCUGGAGUCAGUCCUAUUGGAGACACAUCACACAAUUCCAGUUACUGGGACUUGGGCAGUGCCUUCUUCUUCGCUGGAACUGUUAUCACAACAAUCGGUUAUGGAAACAUAGCUCCAAGCACGGAGGGCGGGAAAAUCUUUUGCAUCCUUUAUGCCAUAUUUGGCAUCCCUCUCUUUGGCUUCUUGUUGGCGGGGAUUGGUGACCAGCUGGGCACCAUCUUUGUGAAAAGCAUCUUGAGGGUUGAGAAGAUAUUUAGGCAAAAACACAAACAGAUCAGCCAGACUAAGAUCAGAGUGACGUCCACCAUCCUGUUCAUCCUGGCUGGCUGCAUUGUCUUUGUCACCAUCCCUGCUGUCAUCUUUAAACACAUUGAGGGCUGGACCGCUCUGGAGGCCAUCUACUUUGUUGUGAUAACACUCACCACAGUGGGAAUAGGAGACUAUGUGGCAGGUGGUAACAGUGUGAUCCCCUAUAUGAGCUGGUACAAGCCUCUGGUGUGGUUCUGGAUCUUGGUGGGUUUGGCGUACUUUGCGGCCGUCCUCAGCAUGAUUGGAGACUGGCUUCGAUUAUUGUCUAAAAAGACCAAAGAAGAGGUUGGGGAGAUUAAAGCUCAUGCAGCUGAAUGGAAGGCAAAUGUUCGAGCGGAGUUCCGUGAAACACGGCGGCGCCUGAGUGUUGAGAUCCAUGACAAGCUCCAGCGAGCUGCCACCAUCCGCAGCAUGGAGCGCCGGCAGCUCGGCCUGGAACAGCGAGCUCACUCCCUGGACAUGCUGUCUCCAGAGAAGCGGGCCUUGUUCGCCAGCCUGGAUGCCGGCCGCUUCAAGACUUCCUCUCAGGAGAGUAUCGACACCAAGCUCAACAACCUGAGGCUGAAGGGGGCCUGUGAGCCGUACAACCAUCAAGGGACUGAGCAAACGCCACAGACAGCGUCUUCCUCUGAAGAGAAUCUCUUCAACCUGCGCUGUGGAUCCCUCACCAAGCUGGCCAGACGCAACAAGAACCGCGAGCUGCGGAGGAACAUUAAUGAAGAUGUGCGACGGGCUAGUGUAUGUGUAAACAAUGGCAGUGUCAUGCUGGGUGAGGAGAGGACGGAAGAAGAAGAAGAUGGAGAGCCAGAUGAGGAAAACAGAGAGCGAAAAGAGAGAAACACCAGUCUGACAAACCUGUCACAGAAUGCAAUGGAGCGCAGCAAGUUGAAUAAGUUCACACCGGUGCAGGCCAAAGAUAGCGACCCACUAGGCAUUGAAUGGAAGAGUGCUUUAGAGACAGAGAGAGAAACAGAGUGAAAGAUAGAGACAGAUACCGAACAAGAGUGCAUGGAACUUUUGAGAUGUCAGUAAAUGUGCCUUUCUGUUUCCCAUGCUUCGA